AUGGAGGGCAGUAGUCAUAUUAGCAAGCCGUUGACGAGAAGAAACGCUAUCCAAAUGUGGCAAAGUCCAACACAAGAUGAUACCUUCUGGGACUUUGGCGACGAUCCAGGCAGCUCCAGUACUACGCUGAAUGAUCACUCAAUGCAUACGCUCAACCACAAGCUAUCGGGAAUAGGUUCCGAUGGUGGUGAUUCACUCGACUCGUCUGAUGAGGAAUACUUGCUCACUCCUGGUACCGGACCAUACCAUGACGCCGCAUCAACUUACAACAAUGACUGGCUCAACGACCGUAAUUCCAGUCCAUAUCCACACAGUCUCCUGCGUACAAGGCAGAUGGAACCACGAACCCCCGCUCCAACUCCUGUAGAUGGAAUGCACCAUGCUGCUGCUGAUAACAUGGACGACAUAGUAGAUAUGGGCGUAGCCAUAAAUGGAAACAACAUCAACCACAACAAUACUCCUCCACCGCCUACACAUCAUCACAACUACAACCAUCGCCCAACACUACCACCAAACCUAAUCGACGUAGUCCAUCCACUAACACACUUUCUCCGCACGCAUCCAUCCCUCUCAACCACAGCCAUAAUCGACAUUCUCACAAAACCACUCCCACAAGGCCAAAAACUGUUGUGUAAAAUCAUUCGCCACAAGGAAGGAGUCGAGAAACUAUACCCUUCCUAUGAAGUAUUCAUCGAAGACCCAGCAGACACAUCAAAGACAUUCCUGAUGGCUGCUCGCAAACGCAAGAAGUCUCGAACAUCGAAUUAUAUUAUAACUAGCACGAGAUUGCCUGUUGGUAACAAGAAGGAAAAGGAUGCCAAGGAUUACAAGCGGGAUGUUAUUGGGAAGGUUAGAUCCAAUUUCUUGGGUACCGCUUUCGCGAUAUAUGAUAAUGGAAGGAAUCCGAUGCCGAAUGGUUUGGCUGGUAAUGCGGUGGGGCCUAUUCAGAGGCAAAAGAUGUUGAGGGAAGAGUUGGGUUCCGUCAUUUAUGACCCAAACAUACUUGGUUUCAAAGGUCCACGUAAGAUGACUGUCCUCUUACCUGGAAUGACUCGAAAUGGAAACCGUAUACCAUUGCGACCAACUCAGUCCAAAGAUACACUGUUGGAGCAAUACAAGAGCAAAAACGAACGUGAAAUGUUGGUACUACACAACAAGUCACCACAAUGGAAUGAAGAAACACAAUCCUAUGUCUUGAACUUUAAUGGUCGUGUCACAUUGGCCUCCGUCAAGAACUUUCAGAUUGUUCAUGAUAAUGACUUGGAUUAUGUGAUUCUUCAAUUUGGCCGAAUCAGUGAAAAUGAAUUUACAAUGGACUUCCAGUACCCGUUAUCAGCAAUUCAAGCAUUUGGUAUUGCUAUAACAAGCUUUGAUGCUAAGUUGGCUUGUGAAUAA